UUGAUGUGGGUUUUGUCAUCAUUAUUUCAGUGUGAGGGUGGACAUGGCUUGUCAUGAUUGUGUGAAUGAAAAAGGUGUGACGACAGAGUAUGCAUCAUGCUAACGGGUGACAAAAAAUGGACGGAGAAAACAGAAACACGACAGAAAAGAAGAGACCGGGAGCAAGUGAGGGAAAUUGUUUGAGAAGAGUGAUUAAAUCAUUCUGAAUUUUGCAGCUAUUAAAAUCUGCGAUUAAGGAACUUUUUUUAUUUGUGAGAAAUAACAAUUAAACUAUAGGACGAUUUUUAAAUUGGUAGCCUACACCUUCACUGCAGAAUUUGUCGGCAACAAACAAUGAGUUGUAUUCGAACGGCGUUAUGUCGCAUUUAGAGUUGGGAUCUGUACUGUCCUGUUCUGCCCGCAAUUCUCCAGCGAUUGAUUUUGAGAAAGACAGAAAUUCAGGACAUCACAGCCGGAAAAGAGCCGGGUCGCCACCACCGCAAAUUCAGCUCUCCCAACAGGGCAUGGAAGGAAUCAAAGUUUAUUUGCACGAAAGAGAUCUGUGGGCAAAAUUUCAUGAUGUCAGUACAGAGAUGAUCAUCACUAAAGCUGGCAGACGAAUGUUUCCCAGCUGCAAGGUGAAAGUAACAGGUCUUAACCCUAAAGCAAAAUAUAUCUUACUGAUGGACAUUAUUUCAGCCGACGAGCACCGGUAUAAGUUUGCCGACAACAAAUGGUCCAUCAAUGGUAAAGCUGAGCCUGCAAUUCCAGGCAGACUUUAUGUCCACCCAGACUCACCAGCUUCAGGUGCUCACUGGAUGAGACAGCUUGUCUCUUUCCAGAAACUCAAACUUACCAACAACCACCUGGACCCUUUCGGACAUAUCAUAUUAAACUCCAUGCACAAAUACCAGCCUCGGCUACACAUAGUAAAGGCUGAUGAGAGGAACAGCUUUGGCUCCAGCAACACGAGUUUCUGCACACACUCCUUUCCAGAGACGGCGUUCAUCGCUGUGACUUCCUACCAGAACCACACAAUCACUCAAUUGAAGAUCGAGAAUAAUCCGUUUGCCAAAGGCUUCCGUGGAAAUGAUGAUAUCGAGCUGCAUCGCAUGUCCCGUACACCGAGUAAGGAGUACCCACUUGUUCCACGUAGUACUGCCAGACAGAAGGUGGCUCCACCCUCCCCAGACUGUCCAUCUCAGUCUGAGUACACCGUGGCUCAGAAACCCAGCCCAGGCUAUGCCUGCUCUGACACUUCAGGUGAUCAUGAACACAACCUCACUGAAACUCCUCCCAUCAAUGACCCCACCUACCACCUCUUCACCUAUCAACUUUCUCCUGAAGUGGACCCUGUGCACAGUGCUCCCUGCAGUAUGGAUAUGGCGCAGAAUGAGCCUUGCAUGUAUGGAGGGUCUCAGAUGGGCAUAGAGGACCUCAGGUGGGCAUCUUAUAUGGAAAACACAAUUUAUCAAAGCUUUUCCUCUGCUAAAGAAUUGGGUGGGUCAUUUGGCCCCACCCCUGACUUCUCUCAGGAACUGUAUCCACAAUACACCUGUGAGGUGGGUGUCCAGUCACACUGCAUGAUGACUGAUUUCUCAAUUUAUGCCUGCAAUCGAUCGUUCAGCCAAAAUCAACAACCAAACAGCUGGUGUGGGGGCAGCUGAGCAAGUAUGUGUGGUGUGUGUGUUUGUGUGUGAGACCAAGAGUCUGUGAAUAAUUUUGGUAACUUUCCCAUAACUUCACCCUGAAAUCAAAAAGUUUCUGCCUAGUUGAUAAUGAAACGCAAUGUGUCUGUUUACACCUGUCACCAUUUAUUAAUUCUAGGGCUGUCCAGAAUGAAAGUUUAUGUUUACAUAAUAUAUUUCUGUGUACAGUGCAUAUUUAUUUUGUAUUUAU